CACACAAACACUCGCGUGCGCUUGCUGGUGCAUCAGCAUCACACACUGACCACAGAAAGAACACAAACACGCAAAGAGGAAAGAAAACGGAAGGGAGAAAGGAUGAUGGUGAUGAGCAACAAACUGCUGGUGGCGGUGUUGGCGUGCAGCUGCUCCUUGGCGUUCGCCUUCUACACAGCAGAUCUGCACAUCCCGCUCGAGGAAUGGGACGCCGAGGAGGUGCAGCACUGGCUCGUGUCAAUUGGGUUGUCGUCCAUCGUGCCCACUGUCGCCAACCUCAGGGUCAACGGAGCAUUGCUGAAGACAUGGAUGGACACGGGCGCGUACCCACGCGAGCUCGGGCUCUCCGAUAUCCAGACCAUGAACCUUCAGCUGCACCUUGACUCGCUCGCACACGCAUCUCGCGCGCAACAAGCAAAGCCAUCUGCAAGCAACGGCUGGCCGUACCUGCACCCUUGCCAAUUCCUGUCAUCGAGCGACUGCCUGCCUGGUUUUGGCAUGCAGCAGAUUGGCCUGCUGCUGCUUCCGCGCGUGACCGCGCUCAUGUACGGCGUUGACGGUGUGCAGCUGAGGCACAUGCCGUGGAAGUAUCUCCUCACGUGGCUCGUCGCGCCCCACAACGCCUACUUUCACUAUGGGCUCGAAGCAUACGGCCUGUCCCUGGGAACCAUCCUGACCCACACCCUCCGUGUCACGGCAGCCGCGUUUGGGCCUGUCAUGGAUGCUGCCAUUGUGCAAGCUUGCCUUGGUCUCGCUGGUAUCACCCUCUCCCGCACCAACUACCAAUACAUCUACAGAACGCUUCCGAUGAUUGCGCAUGCGCUCAGCCUUGCUGCGCUGUUUCUCGACUACUAUAGCGGCUGGUACAUCAGUAGCAUGCGUCUUAUGCUUGCGCUACGGGAUGCGUACAUCGUCGUGGGUCCGGCCAUUGCUCACGGCACAUGGCAGCUGCUGCAGCCCUUCCUGGCACAGUUCAUGCCACAGCAGCAGCAGCAGCAGCAGCAACAGCAGUCCGCGGGCGACCAGCCCUCUCACGAGCACGCGCAGUAGCAAGACAAGGAAGUCUUCCUGCCGUGGCCUGCUGUGAACAAUUCAGGAGCUUCAAGUACAGAAUCGCUGUUUCCAACCAUGUUAUUGCAAAGUGGCGGGAAGACAAAGCGCUGCCUUGAUGAUUUUGAACAAUUUCCUCCCCAUGACGUCAUCAUCAUAAUAAACGCCUGGCCUAGUGGUAA